CCAGAGCUCAGAGAUGUCAGACAGCAGGGGACGAGGGGAGAAAGCCAGAGCUGCUGGGACCCAACUGGCUGGAGCUACUGCUGGGAUCACUAAGAGUGCUCUUGUCGUGGUUGACUCCUUCAGCACCAGAAAAGGCAAAAUAUCACCAUGAAGGAGGCAAUUCUGUGUUUAUGCCUUAUCAGCAUCACCGCUGCAUGGCCAGUGAUUCAACCCAAGCAGCAUGCCAUUUCUGCCAGCUCUGAAGAAAAAUAUGACUCCAGGGGCCAUCACUUGCACAGGUAUCACAAUGACCAAGAGAAUUCUCAGUCUCAGGAGAGUCAGCAGCACCCACAGAGUGACCUGGCAUCAUCUCAGCAGACCCUUUACUCUUCAGAAGAAAGUGUGGAUGUCCCAGAACAACUGCACUUUCCUGAUGUGUCAAGCAAGAGCCACGAAGAUGUGGAUGAUGAUGAUGAUGAUGAUGACAAUGAUUCCAAUGACACGGAUGAAUCUGAAGAGGUUGUCACGAGUUUUCCCACAGACAUUCCAGUAACUGAACCAUUCCCCACUUUCCCUUUCACCCAGGGAGAUAAUGCUGGCAGAGGUGACAGUGUGGCCUACAGGAUGAAGGCAAAAGCCACACUGUUGAAGUCUAUCAAGCUCCACAAAGCUGCCAAAAAGCUCAUCUACGAUGCCACUGAGGAAGAUGAGAGCUACAUGGAUGCAGACAGCCAGCGCUCUGUCUCCCGGGAGGAUUCUGCUUCUCGCAGCUCCCUGAGGAAGCACGCCAGCAGCGUAUGGGCUGACCAGAGCCACGGGAGGGACAGCAGCGAGCAGGACAGCGAUCCGCGUCACCGCAGCUUGGAAAACGACAGCUGGCACGAAUCCGCCAGCCACGAGGCAGAAGGCGACAGUAGCAAGUCUGGUGUCAGAGCGGACAGCCUCUCGAGUACGGAAACCAAGGAGAGAGAGGACAGCCACCCGAGUGUGGAAAGCAGGGAGAGUCGGGACCGCGUGUCAGCUGAGCUCUCUGACGGUAUCAGCAAUCAAACUCUGGAAAGUGCCGAGGAUUCUCAAGAUCGUCACAGCAUCGAAAGUAACGAAGUCACCCUUUAAAGGGAGACAAAAAAAAUUCCCCUUCUUUUUCAAUCCUUACCUAAGGGAAGCGGGGAGUAGCUUCAUUUCGGGGAACUGUUUGUUAAUGUAGUUCGCGUGGUGAAUUUUGGGGUUCGGGGCGGUCCAUGGCCCCUGGGGCUGUGCCGGCGGAGGCUGUGGGACACGGCGGGCGAGCCCCUCGGUGUCUGCGCUGCCGGGCGAUGUUUUGCUGUACCGGGACUUCAAUAAAACCUCAACCCUCUGUA